GGUCUGGCUGUGCUUGAGGCACCUCACCCCCACCUCCCCCACCAUCCUCACCCAGCCCCGCCUCCCCCCACCUACCCACUGUACCAGGGCCGCCCUGACGCCCACCGAGGAGCACACUUCCACCACCACUACAACCCCCACCCGCAACCCCACCACCUGGCCCCGCCCCCGUUGCCACCCCACUACCAGCACCACGCCACUUUCCACGCAUAUGGAGGCGGAACUCCAUCAGGGGCCGCCACCAGCAAGAAGAAGACGUGGAACUUCAUCCACGAGAAGAUGAGUUACGACACGUUCUUCACCAUGAAGCGGCUGAUCGAGCGCUCACGGCGGCCUGACGAGGUGCUGCGCUGGGUCACCCAAAACCCUGCCAAAAUCUCCCACAACCACUACCCUGUCGCCCUGCAGAAGAUCGGACAGCUGCUGCAGGCCACGCCCCCUGCUCGCACCGUCGGGGACGAGACUGACGGCGAGGCCUCCGGAGGUGGCGGGGCGGAGGGGGAUGGGCGACAGAUCCUUGAGCAUCAGGACUUCCAGACGCUCUGCAACGCCAUCGUCAGCGAUUGCGCCAAGUUCGACAACUUCAGCAUCGUUAACUGUCUGUAUGCCGUGGCCGCACUCGGUCUGCCGAGUGACUCUCAGGUAGUCCAGGUGCUGGAGGCGGAGUCUCAGUCCAGGCUGAGCCAGUUCAACCAGAAGGACGUGUCCAUGGUGUUCAGCUCCAGCAUGAAGCUCCACCCGGGCAGCCAGCACCCACUCACCGAGGCCUGCCUGGCUGGCCUGGAGAAGAACCUGGAGCGAGAGCGCCACCCGCAGACGCUCUUCCUACUGCUCUCAUACUACAGACUCAAAUGGCGCUCCAUGCAGCCGCAGGAAGCUGCUGCAGGGGGUGCUGCAGCCACUGCUGCUAGUAGUAGCACCCCUAACCCCGAACAGCUGCUCGCCAACAGGAAGAUCUUACGUCUGGUCAAACACACCUUGGCGAGUGUGAGUGGGGUUCGAGAUCAAGAGAUGGCGCUGCUGGACGAGAUGCUCGCGGCGUGUGCUCGUGAGGCGAGCAACAAGAGUCUGGAACUGAUCUUCAGCUCUCACCUGUUCUACCAGAACAGACAGGAGAGGUUCAUCAGCAGCCUGGCAGAUGAGUUACCAAAAAAAGUGGACAGCAUCACUCCAUACACAAUGGCGCUGAUCGCUAAAUAUAUUGCCCGUCAUCGGCUGAGAGAGACUCGACUGCUCGACACCAUCGCUGACUUCCUGGUGAAGAAGGCGGAGUACUUGGACAGUAAGGUGAUCCAGAAGCUAGUGUUCCCGUUCAGCCGGAUGAGUUACCGUCCGUCCAAUGAGCAGCAGUUUUUCUCCCGGCUGGAGGAGGUGGUGGAGCUGAAGGCGCUUAGCUCGCCGCUCGCCACUGUCAACAUCCUCAUGUCUCUGUUCCAGCUCGGGCAUUUCCCUGGACUGGUGCUCCAUCGAGUUUUCUCGUCAGCCUUCAUCAGCAAUGUCACCAACAGUCCAUACGCGCUGAUUGUAAGGAGGUACCUCUCCCUGCUGGACGCUGCCGUCGAGUUGGAGUACCGUGACUACACGGGGCCACGACUGCAAGACGCACACAAGGUGCUGAUGUUUGACCACGCCCUCACAGCUGACGAGGUCAACCGCAAGUACAGUUAUAAAGGUUUGGUGGCUGAGGCUCUGCGACAGUUGGUUGGAGAACAGAACUACAAACAGGAUGAAGUUCUCGCCCCAGGAUAUUACACAGACUUCCUGUUGUGGAUGGACAGUUCUGGGCGGGUCCUUCCCAUCCGGACUGGCGCUGGCCUCUCUUUGAGCAUCCUUCCUCCGUCCUGUGUCGCUGUGGUGUCCAAGCCGGCCGAUGCGGUGGUUGGCGCAGUGACCUCAGACUUCCAGAAGUUUUCUCCAUUUGUGGCGCUGGAGGAGGGUGCUGAGCCGGUGUGUCAAGUGGGUGAGGGGAUGGCCGGGGCUGUGGAGUCCCGGUCCUUCCUGCCUCACCACAUUCGCAGCACACCGGGCGCCGCAGGCCACCCAGGACACCUCCGGGUGGGGACUAAUGGCGGUCCACUGGAUUACGGGCCAUACUACGUCCCUCCGGCAGAGUACUACUCGAGCCUAGCCAAAGAGCACUCGCUAGAGAGUCAGGACAGCUCCACACUCAGCAGCCCCCCCUCGGACGGCUUGGCCCCUCCUGGUCCUCAGGGGCCAGCGGCAGCCGCUGCCCCAGACUCCCUCUUCCAGUUUUCCAUUGGGAAAAUCCUGGAAGAUGAAGGCGGCGCAGGGGCGCCUGGAGUCCAGAGGCCAGACUGUGAGCUUGCCGGAUUCUACAAAGGAGUGACAUAUGCCGAGGGCACUGACAGAGGGCCCCCGUCACCGCCACCGCUCCACCCCCCUGAGCAGCCGGACCCCGACAGCCUGCCCCAGGACCAGAGGCAGAUCCGGAGGGUCAUCAUGUCCGUCAAUGACAAGUGGCACUACUGUCACAACUCCGAUGUUCUAGUGGGCUCCCGCGCUAUGAGAGACCGCCACCUGAGGCUGCUGGGAUACGUCAUCCUGCAGCUGCCAUACCAUGAGCUGGAGAAGCUGAAUGGCAUCGAGGAAGUGAAGCAGUACCUGCACAAGAAGCUGCUGGACGUCCCACUAUGACGCCCCAUGUGUGUGUGCGUGUGUGUGAGUGUAUGUGUGUGAGACCUGCCUGGGGUCAGAGGUUGGCGGUUACUUGGUGACGUCCUGUCCGUCAGAACGGGGAGAAGAGCUGCACAAUAACAAGCUCCAACCAAACUCUGUCCAUUUUUCAUAGCGUUUAAGAACUGAUUCCUUAUCAAUAAACAGGCCAAUUAAUCAAUGUAAACACCAUCGGGAGGGUCUGAUCGAUUACAAACCAAAUUAUUGGUCAGCUGUAAGAAGCCGGCGGAUGCGGUGGUACGUCUCGUGUUAACGUGCAGCUCAACUCAGAACCCCAUCAGGCUUUGCUGCCGUUUUCUGAGCACUUUCUAUAAAUCGAUUGAGCCCUGCAGGCAUUCAGACUCUGUUCAUGUGUCGGAGCCUUUAAGGUGCAGUCUCUAACAAAGGUGUCUCUCACCUGGGAGGAUCCAAUAUCACGUGACCAUCAGCACCUCACACAGGGAGUUCUGUGAUCUGAUUGGUCGCCAUGUGGACGAUCUCACUUUUUUUCCUUGGGAUGGAGGAGGGCAGACCUUUUAUAAGGUGUGGUGACCAUGGUAACGGCAAUGCAGAUGUGUGUGUGGGGGGGAACGGGU